AUGCCUGACCAAGACUCACGAGCGGCCGCGGCCGAGAAGGCUGAUACUGGUGUCACGACAUCGCCAGAGCAACAACAGCUACAGACAACAUCAACAGAGACCGCCCAAGUCGCGAAACCAAAGCGCUUCGAGACUGUCUUCAGCUUCUUCAAGCUGCUUUUUUAUGCCAACCCAACAUGGCUCGACUACACGCUGGUCUGCGUGGGCACCAUUGCCGCCGUCGCCUCGGGUGUCCCGUUCCCAUUGAUGGGUAUCCUCUUCGGACAGCUGAUUGACGACAUGAACGGCGCGACCUGCGCGGACGGCAUUGGAGAUCCGGGCGCCUACCAAGACGCCGUCAACGACAAAGUAGUCAAGCUUGUCUGGAUCACUUGCAUUGCCUUUUGCCUCAUCUACACUCACACCACUUGCUGGGGAAUCAUGAGCCAGAGACUUGCCUCGCGCCUCCGAGAGAAGUAUUUCCAGAGCUUGCUGAGACAGGAUGUCGGCUUCUUCGAGAGCAGACAGGCCGGUGAAGUCUCGUCCCGCCUCAACUCCGAUAUCCAAACAAUUCAAUCCGGCACGUCCGAAAAAGUCAGUAACUUCAUCGGUACCAUCUCGUUCUUCGUCACCGCGUACGUCAUCGGCUUCAUCAAAUACGCACCCCUGGCCGGCAUGCUGGUUUCGCUCAUCCCCGCCUACCUGCUCGCUUCGAUGGUCUGCGGAAACUAUAUCCAAAAAUGGAGCGGAGCCAUGUCGGAGGGUAUGGCCAAGGCCUCAUCCAUCGCUUCAGAGGCGUUGUCUCACGUAGCCGUCGUUCAGGCGUUCGGUGCGGGACCUCGCCUGGAGAACAAGUUCGCGGGACAUGUCAUGGUCGCUCAGAAGGAGGGUAUCAAGAAGGCCAUCGCUGCAGCCUCCAACGCUGGACUGCUGUACUUCAUCGCCUACGCUGCAAAUGCCCUCGCAUACUGGCAAGGUAGCAAGGCUAUCUCAAAAUCGGUCGCUGGAACUGGUGACGGCACUUCAGUGGGUGACAUUUACACGGUUGUGUUUCUCAUUGUCGACGCCUGUAUCAUGCUAGGCACCAUCGCACCUCUUUUGCCCCUUUUUGGCUCGGCAGCUGCCGCGUUCGUCAAGCUCCGGGAGGACAUUGACAAGCAUUCAACUAUAGACUCCGUGACCGAUGAGGGUGACAGGUUGCCCACCCACGUCAACGGCGAGGUUGAACUCCGUGGAGUAACCUUCUCCUACCCCUCGCGCCCCGAUACGGACGUGCUCAAGAACAUCUCUCUCGUGUGCCCCGGUGGAAAGUACACGGCCAUCGUCGGCCUUUCUGGCAGUGGAAAGUCAACUAUUGCCGGCCUGGCCACGAGGAUCUACGACCCCAAGGAAGGCACGAUCCUCAUCGACGGCCAGGACAUCCGCAACCUCAACGUCAGAAACGUUCGCAGUUAUAUCAGUCUCGUCCAACAGGAACCUUCUCUUCUUGACCGUUCUGUUAUUGAAAACAUUGCUCUUGGUCUCGUCAACUCGCCAAAGGAGGAGCACCAGAGACUCAAGGAAACACUCUACGGACCUCAGCUCGCCCAACUUGCCGAAGAUCUUAUGGGCGGCGCCGAUCUCAACACGGCUGCUCAGAAGUACGGACCCGAAGUUAUCGAGAUCGUCAAGCUCGUUCAGAACGCGACUGAUCUGGCCGACGCCACCUCCUUCAUCGACCGCCUCAAGCAUGGUUUCGGAACCUCCGUUGGCAGUGGCGGCAAGCUCGUCAGUGGUGGUCAGAGACAGCGAGUGGCCCUCGCUCGUGCUCUCAUUCGUGACCCCAAAAUUUUGAUUCUCGACGAAGCCACGGCCGCCUUGGAUUCUGCCAGUGAAGCUCGCAUUCAGAAGGCUGUCGAGAGGGUCUCCAAGGGUAGAACUCUGAUCUCUAUUGCUCACCGUCUCUCUACCAUCAAGAACGCCGACAACAUCAUCGUUAUGAGCGCCGGUGAUAUCAUGGAGCAGGGAACCCACGCCGAUCUAAUCGCCCGCAACGGCGCCUACGCUAAUUUGGUCAACCUGCAAAACAUCAGUGGUUCCGAAGAGGAGUCAGCUCCCUCUCGCGCAAGCACGGCCGUAGAGUCGUCUGCAUCAUCCGUGGAUGCCGAGGCGCCUGGUGUCAACCCGAAGGAUCUUGCUAGGGCCAUCGAAACGGAGACAGGCCCGCAGGCGGCGACUGAGAAGACUAAGAAGGAACUCAAGAAGGAGGCGAAGGAACUCAAGAAAAAGAAGAAGAACGCCGCCCUGGAAACCGAGAACAGCGGUCUCGACAACGACAGGUCUACUUGGUGGAUCACCAAGAAGGCAGGCGUGAUGGUCCGCCCUCACAUUCUGUAUCUCCUCCUCGCCAUGGUGUCCGCCUUCAUUGUCGGUUGCACUUUUAGCGCGUCUGGUACCAUUUUCGGUUUCGCCAUCGGCGUCGCCAGUCCCUGCAACGAGCCCAGCUACAUCAAGAGCAGAGGCGCCUUCUUCGCCGGUAUGUUCUUCAUGCUCGCAUGCGUCGAACUCGUCGCAAACCUGUGCAGUUGGUCUGCCUUUGGUUACAUUGCAGAGAAGCUGCUUUACAAGAUCCGCGUGGGUUCGUUCCGAGCCCUCUUUCAGCAGGAGCUCGAGUGGCACCAGUCUGGAGCCCGCAACCCUUCGUCGCUCCUGUCCCUCAUCACCAAGGACGCGGCGUCUAUCGGUGGCUUCAGUGGUUCCAUCAUGGGAACCGUUUUCGCCGUCGUCGUCAACCUCUUCGUUGCUAUUAUUUACUCCCACAUCCUGAAUUGGAGAAUCGCUAUUGUGUGCCUGGUCAUUAUUCCCAUGCUCCUGGGCUCCGGCAUCAUGCAGAUCCGCGUCCUCUCGAGAUUUGAGGAGAAGCACGCCGCAGCGUACGCCACGGCUGUAGGAAUCACAGUCGAGUCCGUCAACUCCAUCAAGACCGUCGCUACACUUUCCCUGGAGCACGAGGUCUUUGGCCAGUACAAGCGCGCCCUGAAGAAUCCCAAGAAGGAAAUCAUCUCGGCCGUCACCUUUGCCAAUAUCUGGCUCGCCAUCGCCAACGUCACCGGCAACAUUAUCUACGCCUUUGCCUACUGGUGGGGAUCCAAGCAGAUCGUCGCCGGCCAUGCCACGCAGACGCAGUUCCUCAUUAUCAAUGUCGCCAUGCUCGUCGGUGCCCAGCUGUGGGGUCAGAUGUUCACCCUCGCUCCUGAGGUGACCCGCGCCCGCAUGGCAGCCUCUAGAAUCUUCAGCCUCCUCGACCUCAGCAAGUCCGACGCCGACCCCGCGGGCAAGGCCGCCGACGACGCCUCGGAGUCGUCCAAGGGCAAGGAGAAGGAGAAGGACAUUGAGGCCCUCGCCAACCCAAACCCUCGCCCGUCCCCUGGCAGGGGCGGCGUGGCCGUCUCCUUCAAAAACGUCUCUUUCUCCUACCCCGCCCGCCCCGAGGUCCAGAUCCUCGACAAUAUAUCCUUCACCAUUCAGCCCGGCCAAUUUUGCGGUCUUGUUGGCCCCUCCGGCGCCGGCAAGUCCACCGUCAUGGCCAUCGUGCAACGCAUGUACACGGCCAGCACGGGCACCAUUGAGAUCGACGGCAUGGACAUCUCCAAAUUCGACGGAACCGACUUCCGUGACGACAUCGCCGUCGUGCCCCAGGACAGCGCCCUCUUUGACGGCAGCGUCAAGUUUAAUGUCGGCCUCGGCGCCCGGCCCGGCCAGGACGCUACGGACGAGGAGAUCGAAGAGGCCUGCCGCCUCGCCAAUAUCCACGAGACCAUCAUCGCGCUCCCGCAAGGGUACGACACGGAGUGCGGGCCUAACGGCUCCCAGCUCUCCGGAGGCCAGCGCCAGCGCGUCGCCAUCGCCAGGGCCCUCGUCAGGAAGCCCCGCCUGCUGCUGCUCGACGAGAGCACGAGUGCUCUCGACGCCGAGAGCGAGAAGGCGCUGCAGGAAGGCCUGGAGCGCGCGGCGCGCGGCAUCACCGUCAUCGCCAUUGCUCACAGGCUUCACACGGUGCGCAAGGCGGACGUUAUCUUCGUCGUCGAGGCUGGUGCGGUGGCUGCCAAGGGCAGGCACGAGGAGCUCAUGGAGAAGAGCGAGAGUUACCGCCUCAAUGCCAUGCAGCAAAUGCUCGGUCACUAG